UAGCCAGCUGUUAUCACAUAGUAGUUUUUCAAAUUUGUUGUGUUCAUUUACAUUAAUCACUUUUCCACAUAUCUUUGAGUGGAAGUAGCGAAUUCAAGGUAACUAGCCGUAAUUAAAUCAGCUAGAAAAUGCCUAGAUAACAGUACCAGCCAAUGAUUAGAUUCGAAGUGCUUGUUGGCGUGUAGAUAGUCCGGCGAAUUAGCGUGAAAAUGAGGCGAAAUUUCAAAAGUCUGCUGAAAUUUUGCGUUAUCUCGGCAGUAACGAUGGCGGUCACAGUGCUGGUGUACCGGACUAUGGACGGUGGCGGUAAAAUACCUAAACUGGUGGCCGAACGUAAGCGAAGCGCCCCUUUCGAGCCCCAUUCCAACAACGAAAAAAUCGACUGGCAUGACUAUCAGCUGAUAGAGGCGGAUGCCAAACGAAAGGGACGUGGAGAACAGGGCGUUCCUGCCUACUUGGAAGGAGUGGAAACUGCGAACUAUGAAACCCUCUUUCGUGUGAACGGCUUCAACGCAGCGCUGAGCGACAAAAUCGCUCUGGACCGGUCAGUGCCCGAUCUCAGGCACCAGAAAUGCAAGGCGAAGAAGUACUUGAAAAACCUACCCUCAGUGAGUGUGAUAAUUCCGUUCCACAACGAGCACUGGACGACUCUGCUGAGAACAGCCACCAGUGUGAUAAAUCGCUCGCCGCCCGAGCUGCUCAAAGAGGUGAUUUUGGUGGACGACUUCAGCUCAAAAGACUUCAGCAAGAAGCCGCUGGACGACUAUCUGGCGGCCAAUCUAAGCAAAGUGUUUUCCAUCCACCUGCCCGAACGGAGCGGCUUGAUCAGGGCCAGACUGGCGGGGGCGAAAAUCGCCACUGGAGAAGUCCUAAUUUUUCUGGAUUCCCACACUGAGUGCAACGUAAACUGGCUGCCCCCGCUACUAGAACCGAUCGCACAAGAUUACAAAAUCUGCGUCUGCCCUUUCAUCGACGUGGUCCAAUACGAAACGUUCGAGUAUCGCGCUCAAGAUGAAGGCGCGAGAGGGGCAUUCGACUGGGAGUUUUUCUACAAACGUCUACCGCUUCUGCCCGAAGACCUCAAACACCCAGCCGAACCUUUCAAGAGCCCGGUAAUGGCCGGCGGUCUCUUUGCCAUCAGUAGCAAAUUCUUCUGGGAACUGGAAGGCUAUGAUGAAGGCCUGGAGAUCUGGGGCGGCGAACAGUACGAGCUGAGCUUCAAAAUCUGGCAGUGUGGAGGCGAAAUGUACGACGCCCCCUGCUCAAGAGUGGGCCACAUCUAUCGCAAAUACGCCCCGUUUCCCAAUCCGGGAAAAGGCGACUUUGUCGGCCGAAAUUACCGCAGAGUGGCCGAAGUGUGGAUGGACGAGUACGCGGAUUAUCUGUACCUGAGAAGACCUCAUUACCGAAUGAUCGACCCAGGCGACCUGACCAAGCAAAAGGCAUUGAGGGAGCGGCUCAAGUGCAAGCCAUUCAAGUGGUUCAUGGAGAAUAUUGCCUUCGACCUGCCCUUGAAGUACCCGCCGAUUGAACCAGCGGACUUCGGGCAGGGCGAGAUCCGCAACAUUGCCGCCCCAGAGCUUUGCGUGGACUCGGGCUUCAAAUCCCGGGACCAACAGAUCAGCAUUGCCAAGUGCGUGAAGGGAACCGCGGCUAAGGGCGAGCAGAAUUUCACGCUGACGUGGCACAAGGACAUCAGAGUCAAGGGCAAGACUUUGUGCUUUGAUGUGUCGGACCCGAAUGAUAAGGCCGAUGUGACUCUCUAUCCCUGCCACGGCCAGCAGGGCAACCAAUACUGGCGCUACGAUGUGGAAAGUCAGCACUUUUUGCAUGGCGGCAAUCCCAGAUGUCUGGAUUGCGAUCCUGGAUCGCUCCGGUUGUUUGUCAGUAGUUGCGAUGAUGGUUCCAAGACGCAAAAGUGGCGCUUUGAGAACGUCAAUUUGACCAUGCUGGCCGAAUGGGACGAUAUCGGCGCCCUUAAAUGAUUGCCUGCCAAUUGCUGAACUGUUGCUUGAUUCUGUAUCGACGUGGUGUUCUUGCUCAGCUACAUUUGUCUGCCCCCUUGCCGGACAAACCAGGUGCUUUAGUUUAGAAAUACCUGCCUAGAUUAAGGAUGCGUUUUCCAUUUUACAGGGUGAUUGGCUUUCAGUCAUUCCACAUAAUCAAUCACUUGCCCUAUAGAUAUUAAGAAAUUACUGAUUGGCUGUGAUGUAAACAUGCAGGGCGGCCAAUCGAUGCCAAUAGUUUGAUCGUCCUGUAUCGGGUUUAUGAAAUAUUGUGGCAUUCCUAUGUUUGAUGAUAAAAUUACUUUUGUAAUACUACCGACAAAGGAAGCGACUACUAAAUUUUAUUAUUUUU